CUCAGUCUUCUUCAUUUUCAAUUUUCAAUCCAAUAAUAAUCAAUCAAAACAUUUUCCAUCAUUGCAUGUGAAAUAAUAACCAAACAUGGCAAAAGGAGGAAAACUAAUGAAGCUAAAAUCAGCACUCAAAAAAUGGAACUCAUUCGGAAACGGAAAACAGAGCCGUCACAAUAUCAGCGCCGUCGCCGACGAAGACUCAUCGUCUUCAUCAAGAUCUGAUCUCCAUACUGUCUUCGUUGGCAAGUCUCGACGUCUCUACCGAGUCACUUCCGACGUUGUUGAUAACCCUGUCUUCCGUGAACUCGUUGAAAGGUCCCGUGAAACAGAACAACAAAACGACACCGUUAAUGUUGUAGCUUGUGAGGUUGUCCUUUUCGAACAUUUGUUAUGGAUGCUUGAAAAUGCUGACCCUCAACCUGAGUCACUUGAUGAACUUGUCGAUUUCUAUGCUUGUUAGUUAAUGCUAUAGCUACCUUCCAAUUCUUCACCAAAAAACAAAAAAAAAACAACAAUUAUUCUUCUAUCUUCUUAUUAAUUAAUUAAUAAUAAUAUUCCAUUUUUUUUCUAUUUUAUAUUAAUUAUUAUUUAUAUUUAUAUACAUAAUAAUAUUUAGCUGUUGUUUCAAACUCAAACCACAUUAUCGAGGUGUUGUCUCGUGCAAAACCCUGAUAAUAUUGUCCUUUAUAAAAAGCGUCUAAGUCGAUGAGGUGCAACACAACUCAAGAAUUUUGACGAGGUUACUUGUUCUAGUGCUACUAUUGACGAGACAUGUUCAAAUGUGUUUAUACAAGAUCUGGUGCAUUAGUGUUGAUAUGAUUGUAUCUGACUGAAAUGUGCUCAUUCAUUUGAGCAAAACGCCAAACAUCCGACUUUGAGCACGGUGCAUUGUCGGCAUAGGUCAAAAAAGUUUCACCCGAAAAAUGUGGUAUUGGUAACAAAUAGCUAACUUUCAUAAGGAGAUGGUUCAAGAGAGAGUGAUCAUCCAUCAUUGGUAUUUGCAUGUUGUAUAUUUCGAAGAAAAAAAAAACUAUUGUCGAUAAUUUUGAUUAUUAGUAUUUCAAUUAGUUAGUUAAACAUUGAAUUAUUUUAGAUUUUUGUAAGAUAGGGAUCAUGGACUUUGUAGUUGAAUUUUCUAGUUGUUAAGUUGAGUGUUCCAGGAUGCAGAGUCAUGUUCUGUCCUUUGUUGUAAUGAAUAUGGAAAAUUGUGGGCAAUAUCAAUAUGUAAUGUAAGUCGUUGUUUAUUCUUGUACAA